AUGAAAACCUGCAUCGCACUCAGCCUUCUCUUCGUUUGCGUUUAUUCUGCACCAACAUUCAAUAGUUUAUUGGAUGAACCAUGGACUUUAUUUAAACGCACAUAUGAAAGACAAUAUUCAACAUCCGAAGAAGAAAUCAACCGUCGAUCGAUUUGGGAAGCUAAUCUCGCUAUGAUCCGUAAUCAUAAUCUCGAAGCUGAUCUUGGUAUUCACACUUAUACAUUAAAAAUGAAUAAAUUCGGUGAUAUGACAAACGAAGAAAUCAACAGACAAAUGAAUGGUCUUGACAUGAGUUUAAAGAAUAAGAUGGAUGUUGAUCAUCAUACGUUCCGAGCUCCAGCUAAUGUUGCUAUUCCAUCCGCUGUUGAUUGGCGAACGAAAGGUUACGUUACACCAGUUAAAGAUCAAGGUCAAUGCGGUUCAUGCUGGGCCUUCUCAGCUACCGGUUCACUCGAAGGUCAACACUUCGCUAAAACCCAGCAACUUGUUUCGCUCUCCGAACAAAACUUAGUUGAUUGCUCAGGCAGCCAAGGUAACAUGGGUUGCCAUGGUGGUUUGAUGGACUACGCUUUUCAAUACAUCAAAGUCAACAACGGUAUUGACACUGAAACUAGUUAUCCAUACGAAGCUCGUGAUGAUACAUGCCGCUUCCGAACUAAAGAUGUUGGUGCUACUGAUACUGGUUUCUUUGAUAUCCCAUCACGUGAUGAAAAUGCUUUACAAUCUGCCAUUGCUACAGUUGGUCCAAUCUCCGUUGCGAUCGAUGCCUCUCAAAGUUCCUUCCACUUCUAUCACUCUGGUGUCUACAACGAACCAGCUUGCUCAUCAUACCAACUUGAUCAUGGUGUUUUAGCUGUUGGCUAUGACAGUCAAAGUGGCAGCGACUAUUACAUCGUUAAAAACUCAUGGGGUACAUCAUGGGGUAGCGACGGCUACAUCUGGAUGAGCCGUAACAAAAGUAACCAAUGUGGUAUUGCUACCAUGGCCAGUUAUCCACUUGUUUAA